GCCUCGAAAGUCCGCGUUUACACUAUUACGCGCCCGAACGCCACGCGACGCGCGCCGGUUUCCCGACAUCAUAACAUACCGUCGGGCUCGCGCGACCACCACAUUAUACCGUGUACAGCCAUCAUCUAAGCUGGUCGCGGCGUUUUCAUAAUAUAAUAUUAUACUGUCGAGUAGGUUUCCUCCUCCCUCGGCCUCGCUUUUCGACACAACAAACACCGCCGCCGUCACCACUGGUUGACGUCCGAAAUAAUCAUCUGCACGCUUUCGAAAACGAUAAUACCGUGGUGUACGUUUAUUUUCAGCACAUAUAUAAAUAUUAUAUUAUAACACCUAGUGAUAAAUAUAAUUAAAUAGCAGAAUAUUUUAUGCAUGCAUGAGUUUGAAAAAAUAAAUAUUAUAUACCACGGCGCCUCAGGAUUCGCACUCGUCUGUCGUCGUCGUCGUCGUCGUCGUCCUGUACCUGCAGCUGAUCGAUCGAUCGAUUUCAGAGCGAAUUGAUCAUUGCAGUUUCCACGGCGAGAGAUGAACAGAAACAUUCGAAAAGAUGCGACGGACUCCAAAGCAGGGUUGGUGAAAAACGAAACGCCGGACGAAGAGAUCAAAGAGUAUGUGAAAACCACAAUGAACGAGAUGCUCGGAUGGUACGGAUAUGACAAAAUUAAUUCCAAAGAUUGUUCGCUGCAAAGUAUGAAUUUAGUUAAGCUCAGAGAAAAAUAUCGAGGUCGCUCAAAAAGUACGGAACCAGAAACUUCGUCAGACGAAUACAAUAGUCCACAAUCACCAACAACGUCGAACUCACCAGUACAGCAAAUGACAUGCGGAUGGUGUGACAAAACGUUAAUAGCCAAAGCGUUUACAUUCCGCACGGCAGAAUCGGACAAUGAGAAAGUGUUUUGUUCCGAACAAUGUUUCUCACACUACCGUAGAGCCAAUUUCAAACGAAAUAAGACAUGCGACUGGUGUAGACAUCUCAGACACACAGUAAACUGUGUAGAUUUCCAAGACGGCGAUCAUCAGCUACAAUUCUGCAGUGAUAAAUGCCUGAACCAGUAUAAAAUGAACAUAUUUUGCAAAGAAACUCAAGCCCAGCUAGAGUUGCACCCUCACCUACAGAAUACGUCGCUGCCAGAAAACCUAUGUAAAACCCUAGAGCCGAACUUGCCACUCAUUACACCUGACCUAUGGCUACGCGAUUGUCAUUCACCGCCACUUCCAGACCGGUCACCGUCUCCUCAAAGGCCUCAUUCCCCACCACCACCUGGACCGGCAGUUCCUCAGCUACGCAUAUCCAAUAAACUUUUUGACCGUCAAAACCGAAAACGCAAGAGACCCACAGUCGAAGACACUAUGCCACCUGUUUACCCUAAAUUUUCCCCACAUGCGCCAGUUUACUGUACACCACCGAUAUGUAGGUCACCAGCAUUCACACAAUCCCAGUCGACAAAUAGCAGCAUACCAACAAAUGCUGAUCCGACACCUUCGCCACUUUACCCAUUGAACUUGCCACCAUCGUUACUACCACCACCUAUGAUAUUAGUACCAUAUCCUAUUAUGUUACCAAUACCAAUACCUAUUCCCAUACCCAUACCUUUACCAUUUUUACAAAAAGAAUGUGAUAAAAGCAGUGAUAAGGAAAAAAAUGAAAAAAAAUGAUAAUUAUUUACAUCUUAAUGAACAAAUUGUUUUAAAUAAUAUUAUAAAUACUAUUUCUAUAUUAUUAUUAUCAUUAUAAACACUUAACAAACAAUAUUUGAUUAUAUAAAAAAUUAGUUUUACUAUUAUAAUGCAACCAAAAGUAUUUCAUAUUUUGUCGUAUGUAAAACAGAUAAAUUUAGAACCAGAAAAAUGAUUAUAAUCUAAUAAUUAUAAGUUAAUCAAUGAAUAGGAUAAUAUAAGAUUAUUUUAUGAGCUGUUUAUCUCAGAAUAAAUAUUUUCUUCUUGUGUUUUAUCAUCGUCUUCAGCACUGCUCU